CAUGCCAAGAGGUGGACCAUCUUGUAAAUGAGAGUGUUCGCUGAAGGAUUGAGUGAGUCAAGAUCUGUAAAGUGCAUGUGUUCGCCAUGCUGUGGAUUGCAAGUCUCUGGCUCCUCUGGGCCUCGUCCAUCCUCGCAGCUCCGGUAAACAAACAGAGACAGAAGGUGCUGCUGAUCUCCUUUGAUGGAUUCCGGUGGGAUUACGACCGUGAUGUGGACACACCGAACCUCGACAAAAUGGCCAAGGAUGGAGUCAAAGCCCUGUAUGUCACACCUCCUUACCUCACUAUCACCAGUCCUACACACUUCACCCUCUUGACAGGCCGCUACAUCGAGAAUCACGGCGUAAUCCACAACAUGUGGUUCAACACAACCACCACUGAGAAGCUGCCGUACUAUCAGACUCUGUUUGUAAAUGAGUGGUGGGACAAUGGCACUCUGCCUAUCUGGAUCACAGCGCAGAGACAGGGCCUAAAAGCUGGCUCUCUUCACUUUCCUGGCACGGCUUCCAGUUACCAGGGACAGGUUGCUAUGGUGCGGGAGUGGGAGCCACCGCUAUACAACUACAAGAACGAGACCGCUUGGCGAGAGAACACAGACAAGGUGAUGAGCUGGUUCAGAGACCAGGAUCUGGACUUCAUCUCCUUUUACUUUGGUGAGCCAGACGGCACAGGACACAGACACGGCCCCGACUCCCCGGAGCGCCGGGAGAUGGUCAAGCAAGUGGACCGAACGGUGGGCUACAUUCGACAGUCAGCUGAACAACACGGGCUGAGCGGCCACCUGAACAUCAUCAUCACAGCAGACCAUGGAAUGAGCACGGUGUACCGAAAUGGUCUUGUGGAAGAGAUCACCCUGACCAAGAUCCCGGGCUUCUCGUUUGGGGACCUGUCCUUUCACCUGGUGGACUAUGGCCCUUCUGGGAUGCUGUUGCCAAAGCCGGGCAUGCUGGAGAAGGUUUACAACGCCUUGAAGGGGGCCCAUCCACACCUCCAUGUGUUCAAGAAGGAAGAGAUGCCAGAGAGGCUCCACUUCGCCAAAAAUGAUCGUAUCCUCCCCAUCAUUUUAUGGGCCGACCCUGGAUAUGUAAUCAACGGGUAUUUUCCGGUCCAGUUCAACAAGGGUGAGCACGGCUUUGACAACGAAGACAUGGAAAUGAAGCCCUUCUUCAGGGCAGUGGGUCCAGCAUUUCACAGGAACCUGGAGGUGGGGCCCUUUGAGACAGUGAACAUCUACCCCUUGAUGUGUCAUAUCCUGGGCAUCCAACCGGAGGUCAACGACGGCCACCUGAAUGCCACCAAACACAUGCUAGUUACUAGCGCUACGACUCGGGAUAAAGAUAUGAAUUUCCUGCAAAAUGUCUUUACCGGACUGGCUGCAGUGGCUGGAUUUCUUGUUGUAGUUUUUAUAGUGAUGACUUCCCACAAAAUACUCAAGAACAAACACAAGAAUAAAAGAUCUGAAAAUUCAGAGCAUCUUCCAAAAAACGAAAAGACAAAGCAAACUUCAUUUUGAUCGUCACACAAAAAAAGCACUCGUGCUAUAGUCUGACAACAGAAACAGCUGCCUGUGUGGGCAGUCUUUCUGGGUGAUUCUUUUUAAUCUCAUGUAAGGAAAUGCAGGAGGAACCCAGGAACAGAGUUGUGCAUAACCAUUUGGGUAAAAUAUAAUUUUUGUUCAAAAACGGAGAAUAACAAUUGAACUGGGGAAUUAGAAUAAAAUUAAUAAAAUAAGGUAUCAGCUAAAUCUGGGUUAUUUUUACUUUACUUAUGGUUACGCCGUUUGCCUUGAAUAAGAGCCUCCUAGAGCCAUGAACAUAAUGCAACUAUUUGUCUUUUAAUUGCUGAUGUAGAUGAUGUUUUAAUUAUUUUCAAACCCCAAAUAAUUACAAACAAGAAGCCAGCAUAUUGAGUAAAGAAUGCGAAGUUAAAAAGCAAUACAAUUAAGGUAAAAUAGGUAACUCUAAUAAAAACAACUAAUGUGUUUCAAGAUCUGAUUUGAGAAGAAAGUGGUAAUUAUUUGAUCACGUCUAUGUCUCUACUUUCACUUACAAUAUGUGAACCGUGUAUAAUAAUAAGAUGUGAACGUGCUUGACGUGCUACGACCAGAGGACGGUGGCUGCCAAGGGACAUACUUAACCAACCACAUUCUCAGUUGCCCGCCUCUCUUCGUGUAAUGUUAUCAAGUUAAGCACGAAGUCACGAAACUUCCGUUUACGACUUUCAAAAUAACACUAUGCUUGGCGAGUUUGUGGGACUUAUCCCCAACCCUCAGACGCCAUUUCUGUGUGUUUUAUUUCUAUCAAAUAAAAAACAAACAUACAUACAUACAAAUGCUACAAUUGUAAAUUAUCUUUAAGGUAAUGUCACUUUUUCUAAUGCGUGUGUUGGUGGUAUUUUUUUGUUAAAAUGGCAAUGCAAGAGACAAAUAGGCUAUGUUUUAUGGCACACAUUCUUUGGCCAAUGAAUGCAAGUCUACAUCUAAUAAACUG